CCUCUCCCCAAUCUUAGUGCAUGGCGGCUGUAUCACCACUUUUGGAGCUAUCCGACGCAGACGCGUGCGUCGCGAGCUGCAAUGCAAGAGAUCCUGUGCCAGCCUGAUUUCUCUGGAGCCGACGCCGCAGCUGCAAACUUUGACAAGAUCGACGCGAUUCUCACGGCCAAGCAUCCAUGGACUGAUGCAGCCGAAGGAUGGAGGCAGGCAAGCGUGACGAUUGGGAUUCCUUCCGGUCAUCGCUCCACCGAGGCGUCACGGCGCAGCGAUAUUCCUCAAUUCUUUUAUCAGCCACUUGUCCCCCUCAUCAGCAGGGUCUUCGGCGAGUACCACAUCUCCCGCGGGUUCCACUACCACCCAUUCCAUCUGACGUACCUCCCUCCUGAUGCCCCGCCGGGUACACUGCCCGAGACCGUCCAUGGCGAGCUAUACACGUCGCAAGCAUGGCUCGAUGCCGACGCCGAGCUUCAGAACUCGCCCCGCGUUGAGGGCUGUGACCUGCCCCGGGCGAUUGCGGCGAUCAUGUUAUAUUCAGAUUCGACAAACCUGGCGCAAUUCGGGAAUGCAAAAGCAUGGCCGAUCUAUGUCCUCUUCGGCAACCAGUCGAAAUACGACCGUGCUCGUCCUUCUACCGCUGCCGGGUACCAUGUUGCAUAUCUUCCAUCACUGCCGGACCACAUCAAGGAUCACAUCCGUAAAAUACACAGUGGUAAAUCCGCUAAUGGACCUCUUUUGACGCACUUGCGGCGCGAGCUCUUUCAUGCAGCCUGGGCACUCCUGAUACAUGAUCCCGAGUUCCUAGAUGCAUACAAGAACGGCAUUGUUGUCGAUUGUUCCGACGGCAUCAAGCGACGCCUGUAUCCGCGCAUAUUCACAUAUUCGGCCGACUAUCCAGAAAAGGUACUGAUAGCAACAAUACGUGACAAGGGCUUGUGCCCGUGCCCACGGUGCCUCAUCAAGACAGACCAAAUAAGUGAGCUCGGGACUGCCGCCGAUCGUGCAUGUAGGGAGGAAACUGCACGUCAGGAUGACACUGUCCGACAAGGAAGGGUUGAGAGGGCAUCUGCUCUGAUUUACGACCAAGGCUACGUCGUUAACAGUGACCGGGUUGAGAAGGAACUAAAGGAGCAGUCACUCGUACCGACGCAGAACGCGUUCUCCGACAUUGUUCGCAAUUUCUUUGUGCUCCUCGUUGUUGAUCUCUUGCACGAAUUCGAACUUGGAGUCUGGAAAGCGGUGUUCACACACCUUAUCCGCAUUCUCGAGUCGCAACCUGGUAAUCUGGUGGACCGGCUCGACGAGAAUUUCCGACGAGUCCCUGGUUUCGGCACCUUCACAAUUCGGAAGUUCGCAUCAAAUGUGUCGGAAAUGAAGAAGCUGGCGGCACGGGACUUCGAGGAUAUUCUACAAUGCGCGAUUCCGUGUUUCGAAGGUCUUCUGCCCGAACCCCAUGACAGCAACAUCCGCAUGCUGCUCUUCACACUUGCGUAUUGGCAUAGCCUUGCCAAACUGCGUAUGCAUACUGAUUCAUCCUUGGAUUUGCUCGAUACAGCUACGACUACGCUUGGCGAGGCACUGCGCCAAUUCAAGUCUGUGACAUGCCCCGCUUUCGCGACUCAGGAGUCAUCUGCCGAGUACAGUCGACGAGUCCGCAACCAUACACGGCUCGUCAACAAAGGCCUUGCAACCACUGAUUCAGCUCCGUCUGGGAAGCGACCGCGCACUCUCAAUUUGAACACACCGAAGACACAUUUCCUAGGCGAUUAUGUGGUAAAUAUUCGUGCGACUGGGACAACUGACUCGGGUUCGACACAGGCUGGUGAAUUCAAACAUCGCGAUAUCAAGAGGCGCUACGCCCGCACCAACAAGAAGGAAACCGAUGCGCAGAUGGUCGCCCAAGAUGUCAUUUCGUCGAGACUGAACCACAUGGCUGACGAGCUUCGCGAUGCUGGGGUUGAUGUUCCGGGGACGCGUUCGAAGGUGCAGCUUAUUGAUGAUGAGGCUACCGAUCCUACCACAGCCCAGCAGCAGCACCACAUCGCUGCCGAACAACGAAACACUCUCUAUCUCAGUCAGUUGAUGGCUGACCACCCUGAUGACCCAGCUCUCGUGUCGUUUGUGCAUGACCUCAGGGCACAUCUCCACGCGCGACUCCUUGCAAUGGAUCCAUCAUGGCCGACAAAUGCGGGUUUGAUCCUCGACCGCAACUGUCUCUUCACCCAUGCAACAGCGCGUAUCAAUUUCACGACUUACGACCUACGCCGAGGUCAGGACAUCAUUCAUGUUGGUACCGACAAGUGCUUCAUCAUGGCGCACACGCCCGACAUCUCCGACGGUUCGCCGUACCCGUGGACUUACGCGCAAGUCCUUGGCAUAUACCACACUAAUGUUCUUCGCCCAGGUACAAACAAGAAGGAGCGCAUGGAGCUACUGUGGGUCCGGUGGCUCGAGCGUGAUCAAUCGUGGCCGAGCUCGGCGAACGAUUUUAGACUUCCCCGGGUAUCCUUCCUGCCGUCGAGCUCUCCUGACGCCUUCGGCUUCCUAGAUCCCGCCAAUGUUCUUCGCGCAUCACACCUCCUCCCCGCAUUCCACCAUGGCCUCACAUUCUCAUUGCUCGGUCCCUCCCUCGCCCGAAAUAUCUCUGGGGACUGGCGAUUCUACUACGUGAAUAGGUUUGUGGACAGAGACAUUUCCAUGCGCUACAUAGGCCUCGGAGUAGGCCAC